AUGACGAGGACAGGUUCGUCAUUGAGUCAAAAGUGGAAGCAGGAAGACGCCGAAGAGCACAUGGGCACAUGGCCCAAAUAUCGUCUCAUCUCCACUUCCUGCUUCAGGGGGACAUGUAUAAGCCCAUCUCUCGAAGUUGGGAGCCCAGGUUUUGGGCCGCUCGAUACAUUUGGCAUUCUCGCUGCUCUGCCUGAAGAUGAGCCGUCCCCGAACGCGCGAAACACUUCGCAUCUGUUCCAUAAGGCAUCUGUGUCUUCCACCUCUUCCUCGUCCUCCCGUUCGAUUCCUGCCAUUCCGAAGCCACCGCAGGAACGAAUUCCUUCCUAUACUUCAUCGUCCUCUGUGAAGUACCCCCAGUCUGCGCCGGUGAAUGUGCCGGUCAUGUCGCCAGCAAUGAUGAUGGCGAGGAGUAGACGCCGGGAAUUUGAUGAGGACUUUGACGACGAAGGUGAUGAAAGUGAGGAAAUGCUCCCCCCGCAUCAGGCUGUGGCAAGAAAUUCUGCGCAGUCCCCGAUGCUUGCUAGCUCGGUUCUUGAAGGAGCCGGGAGGACGUUGAAAGGGAGGGAUUUACGCCAGGUCAGGAAUGCGGUUUGGCGGCAAACAGGUUUUCUUGACUGAAGGAUUUGGAUACUCGUAAUUCUUGGAUGCCUUAUCUUACAAUUUUCUUCUUUUGACUACAUUUGAGAUUAUCAGACUGAAUUUGUUCUGAACUAGUGUAUCUUAGUGGCCAAUUGCCGCUCCAUUGUAAGCAUGAAGCAAGUUACUAUUUUAAAUUUUCUUUCUGA